UUACCGCAAAGUAAACGUCAAAAAAAAAACACAUCGAAUGUGUGUUUCAAAAUAGUGUUGAAGCGAAAUCCAUAAUUUUCUGUUUUUCAGAUCCAGAUUCAUUAUUUUUAACAAACAUGACAACAUUAAGGCCCUUUACAUGCAGUGACAUGUUUAAAUUUAACAAUGUAAACUUAGACCCAUUGACCGAAACGUAUGGACUUUCCUUUUAUAUGCAAUACCUUGCGCAUUGGCCGGAAUAUUUUCAAGUGGCAGAAUCGCCAAGCGGUGAAAUAAUGGGAUACAUAAUGGGAAAAGCCGAAGGACAUGGAGAGAAUUGGCAUGGUCAUGUUACCGCUUUGACGGUUUCUCCAGAUUAUCGACGAUUGGGAUUGGCUGCAACACUAAUGAAUUUCCUAGAAAAUGUCUCAGAAAUGAAAUCAGCCUACUUUGUGGACUUAUUUGUACGUGUUAGCAAUAAAAUCGCAAUCAAUAUGUACAAGAACUUGGGAUAUAUUGUGUAUCGAACGGUCAUUGACUAUUAUGCUGGACCAGGUGAUAUUGACGAAGAUGCUUAUGACAUGCGAAAAGCUAUGCCACGUGACGUUGAUAAAAAGUCAAUGAUACCACUAAAACAUCCAGUACAUUGUGAUGAAGUGGAAUAGAACUGAUGACUAAAAUUCAUAUAAUAUCAUUACAAAUUCGAAUAAAAUAUGGUCACAAUCGAGAA